GGGUCCCUUGGAACUGGAGUUACAGGUGGUUGCGAGCCACCAAACCCCAGCCCUGUGGAAGAGCAACCUGUGCUCUUACCCCAGGAGUCGUCUCCCCAACCUCUUGUUGGUUUCAUUUUUGUGGGUGCACCGAGCACAUACUGCAGCCAUUUGUUCUGAAAGCUGGAACAGGGUUUAAGAUGCUCCGUGGGAGAUCUGUGUCAGCCCUGGGCCUAGCGUAGCACACCCAGACCUGUGUGUGCUAGGUUCUCAUUGGUUCCAUCACGGCAGGACAGGAACCCACCCACAGCCACCAGCCUCAAGCUGGCCCUUGACUCCAGAGAGUUCAAGACAAUGGGACGCAUGCAGACUGCCUCCCAAAAGGAGCUCCUCCAAGCCCCAGUGAAGCUCUCGGCUAUUUUAAACUGUUUGGUCUCUGGCUCCAGUACCAUUUAGGGGUUCUGGUUUGGUUUUGCCUCUAUACGGGCUCGCCUCCUGCACAGGCCCUAAUCCCAUGAAGCCACUCACAAACUGAAGCAGAAAGCUUACUUCUCACCCUUCACCCAUCACUGCUACCAAAUUGGGCAGCAGUGGCCAUACCAGGGCCAUCUGGGCUGGGGCACCAGAGAUCCUAGGGCCAAGGCUGUGCCUGACCUGUUUUCGAAGGUGCUUCUCUGGCAUUUUUGUCCUUCCCACACGGACUUACUUCCUGAACUUUCCCACAAUCUGCCAGUCCUCAGAGAUUUGCACGUCACCCCAGAACCAAGGUCCUAACUGCGGCUCUCCAGAUGUUGGAGCCACCUCUCGUCUGGCCCCGCCCCAAUCCACGUGACACCGCCCUGCCCACAACUCCCGCCCACCACCAGUUCGGCAGCUAUGGUUGCGCUCAAGGGCAUCCCGAAAGUGCUGUCCCCGGAGCUGCUAUUUGCGCUUGCGCGGAUGGGGCAUGGAGACGAGAUUGUUCUUGCAGAUGCGAACUUCCCUACUUCCUCCAUCUGCCAGUGCGGGCCUGUAGAGAUCCGAGCAGAUGGUCUGGACAUCCCACAGCUCCUGGAGGCUGUGCUGCAGCUGCUGCCCCUGGACACCUAUGUGGAAAGCCCGGCUGCUGUCAUGGAACUAGUGCCCAGUGACAAGGAGAGGGGCCUGCAGACCCCAAUAUGGAAACGUUAUGAAUCCCUGCUGCUCAAAGCUGACUGCAAGAAAGCUCUGAUGAAGAUAGAGAGAUUUGAAUUUUAUGAACGUGCAAAAAAGGCAUUUGCUGUUGUUGCAACUGGCACCCAGACCUGGACCCCAGCCUGGGGGUCAAGAGGUUGGCAGAUCUUGAGAGACUCUGCUGACCCUGACAGAGAUUUCCUUCUUCCCUGAUUUGUGAAAUUGAGAGGGGAGAGGAGAGCAGUCACUGUCAAUCUUUAAAGGUUUUGUACUCGGAAACCUGUCUUGUGAUGAGUUUCUGGGAGGCCGUUAGCUUCCAAAUAAACACCUCCUCCCCAUC